UACAAAAAUUAUUAUAAAAUGCAUUUGUCCUGUGCUAAGUCUACGUUAAAAUAAGAAGUGUUGCUCUAAAAUAAUAAUGAAUGCAAGUGAAUCGGGUGUUUUUAAAGAAAUGUUUGAAUAUUUAUUGAGGAGAUGGACAUAAAAAGAUCUUACAGUUCGAAGAGUUUAAAAUAUAAAGUUGAUAAAUCUAAAGAAACCAUUAAAAGCGCCCCAAUAAAUUUACCCCUAAUCAAACAAACAGACAUUGCGACGGCUCUUCCAAGUUAUACCUCGAUUUUAAAGCGUACCCAGAAAGAUGGUGUUAGAAUGGAUGACUUGGAUCAACUACAACAAGAUUUUGAAAGAAUGUUAUCGACAUGCGCUGUUAGAAUCAGAUUGCUGAAAGCAGAGACUGAAGAUCGGAGGGAUAAGAAAGGAAAGCCAUAUCAACCAUCUGCAAAAAGAAAACGAGAAGAUGAAAGGAGGCACACAGACGCGCGAAAUGUAGUUAAAAUAUUAAAAACAAAGCAAGCAGUACCUGUAAAUAAUUAUAAAAAUGAUGAAUCAGUACGGCGAAAAGUACCUAAAGUCAUCAUUGAAAAACAUGAUGUAUCAAAUAGAUUUUGGUUAUCAUUAGAUCCUUAUUGCCAGGAUGUUAGUAGAGAUAAUGUGUGUUUUUUAGAUGAUAUAAUUCAAGAAUGUUCCCAAGAAAUAGAAGUCAAAAUCCCUGAGGUGGGCGACCACUACGCUACGGAAUGGGCUGAAAAUACUGUACAACGGGAACAAACGAACGGACACAUGAAAGCACCCAAGAAACCCACAAACUCCACAUACAGUGAUGUUAAGCGUAAUGGAGUAACGAAUAAUACCAAUGACACGUACCCCAGUCCAUUGAUGCAACGUCUUUUAGAUACGCUCAUUAAAGAAAAAGUCAUAAAGCAAAUGCCAACCGUGUUCGAAAAAUUUCAGAAAUCUACCGAGUACACCAUUAAGUCCAGCAACGGCAUGAGGAGUGGCCUUUGUCUAGACAGACUUCUACGGAAAGAACUGGUGGAUCAAGGGAUUCUCGACGUCGAGGAUUUACCCAAGACUUAUCCACCAGAUGAUGAGAUUCUUAUGGAAAUAAAGAAAUGCCAACAAGAGCUGGAGGUUGUGAAUAAACAUAAUAUAAGUGAGCUGCACAAGCUCAAAAGUUUGGUGGAUAAAGAUAUUAGAAAACAAGACGUGAAGGCGGCUCUAGAUAAGGUCGACACUCAGGUGCUGAAUAUGUAUAAUAAGCUCUUGAUGAUGAAACAAAACACGUGCUACGAUAGACACAAAGAUCGACAGAUGGAAGAGGAUGCUGCUAAAUUAAUUAAAGAACAGUUACUCCUGCAUGAAGAGCUCACGGAAUUAACGGAUUUCUCUUUAUUCGGCUAGAAGUAAUCCAAUUUAACGCAACCCUGCUUAUGUAUAAAUUCGUUGAAAUAAUUUUACUGUAUUUGUUAUUUGUGAUAGUAUUCUGAAUAUUCCCAUUGCAAUAUUUUGCAGAAUAUCGAGAUGUGAAUGUAUUUGAUUGAUUUUGGUUAAAUGGUUUAACUCAUCUAGCAGGGUUGCGAUACACUUAAAAAGAAUUUUUUUAAUUUUAUUUGGUAUUAUUAUUUUAGCUAUCAGGCAUUUAGCUAUAUAUUUUUUUUCUCUUAAUUUGUACUUUUUAAUGAUUUUAACGAUUACAAAGAUCUCCGUCAUUGU